CGUCUCAGAUUUAACACAAAGAAUGUUCACAAACUUUUUGCCUUUCCUUAAAAGCAGUACUAGUAUUUUAUUUUUUUCAAUUAUUGGUCAUCCUUGUGGGCAAAGGAAAUCUUUUCAUGCUAGGAAGGAGUACAGGGAAGAAACUCGUUUUAUAUAGAGCCGAGCCCGGUGGUUCUUCACAAAUUAACUCACUGCCAAAGCUUCUCUUUGUUUUGCACUGUUGCUCGCUCCGUUGCUUUCUUGAUCUUCAAUUAAUUGUUUGUUGAUAGUCGUGGUUUGCGAGGAUGUCCUCCGCUAAGGGAACCGUGGCUUUCUUUUUUAUGAUGGCUUUCUUAGGAGUCUCUCUUGGUGCCGUUUACAAGGUCGGUGACUCUACUGGUUGGACUACCUUGGGAAAUUUCGACUACGGCAAGUGGGCUUCUACCAAGAGCUUCCAUGUUGGCGACUCUCUUCUUUUCACGUACCACAAAGAAAUCCACAACGUGAAGCAAGUGACCCACAACGACUUCCAGUCCUGCAACGGAACAUCUGCCAUAGCCACCUACACCUCCGGUUCUGAUUCCAUAACCCUCAAAAGGGCCGGCCACUAUUAUUUCCUUUGCGGUGUCCCUGGCCACUGCCAAGCCGGCCAGAAAGUUGCUGUAUUGGUCACAGCAUUGUCCGUAGGCCCAAGUGCAAGUCCGAGCCCUUCUCUUUUUGGUCCAACGCCUGCAAACCCACCUUCAGAAAUGUUGGCACCUGGACCCGCUCAGAGCAGUGCUUCGUCUCUCAUCUCCUCCAAGCUUUCCUUGGCAUUGGGUCUCGUUGCAGUUUAUUUCUUUGAUUUCGCCUUCUAGACGAGUGGUCCUUACUAUUGUGUUUGUAUCGGGAAUGCUUGACAUGAUUAUAUCGGGAUAGCAUCAUUAUUGUAUGGGGUCCUAUGGUAUUAGGCUUGUUUAAUUGCUAGAUGAAAUAAAUGUUUAAAAAUAUAAUAGACUAUAGCUUUGCUUUUCCAUCUUU